UGGCGUCAACACGGGGAACGCGAGCGCGGCGCGCGGCCGGAAGCGGUUCCGGGGGAGUGUUGGGCUGCGGCACCGGCCGGAUGUGAAGGGCGGCGAGAAGCGGCGGCGGCGGCCUGGUUUCCUGCAGUGAACAUGUGUAUGUGUGACCAAGAACAGACCUCUCCAAAACCUCUUGGUUUAAACCCAACCUGUGGUGAAGAAUCCCUCACAGGCCUUGUUCACCCCCUGCGUUUGCUUGCAGUUACCUAGUUGGAGCGCCAACCCCAACUGUACUCAGAAGUGGAGGGUCAUACUGAUGCAUCAGUCCCUUCUAGGAGCUGAUAACUUGGGACACCAGGAGGCAGCUGAAUCUGUCCAAACAUGCACUGGCAUCAACAACUGACUUGGACCAGACCACGUCCGGGAGAGCAAUUGCUGCUAUAUGCAGACAGAGACUGCAGGGUUAUACAUACACCUAAUGAGACAAAGGACCCUCUGAGGAACUUUCCAAAUCACUCUCUGGAAGCUGCUGGCAAGCUAGCGUGACCCUCAACUUCUGGUUGAGAUUUAUGGCCUCUCAGCUACUGCUCCAACCAGAGGGUCCUGUCUGGGUUGGCAGCCACUGCCGGGAGUCAUGGAAGAGCACCCGGGUCCUCCAGCCUGUGAAUUCACCUUUCCCCUGAGGCGCAUCUGCAUUUCAGAAGCAGAUGGACCUGAAGAUGAAGAGCAGGAGGAGGCUUCAGAGAAGGAUGCAGCCCAGGUGCAGCAUAGAGAAAAGACAGAGGGGAGCUCCCCAGAGCGGCUGAGGCACUCUCCCCUGCACCGUUUGGGACGGUGCUGGCAAGGGAACAGUUCUCUCACCCCUCAGGACGCAGACAGGCCUGACCAAAAGAUGGAGGAGGACAAGGAGGCUGCCCCAUCCCAAGAGCCUGAGGCACCUGGGGAGCUGCAGCCGCGCAGGCCAUUCCGUCGGAAGCACCGACUGUACUUGAAGCCCAGGACAAGCCAGGCUGCUACAUCGCUGGGACAGGGACAGGGGGAGAGAGCCGAAGAGCCAGGUCCCUCUCGGGGGAAGAGGCUACGCUUCAUCUGGGGCCAAGCCAGCGACUUCCACCAGAAGAAGAGCCUCUUGGAGAAUGGGCUGGAGGAGGUGCCCCUCAUGCCGCAGAGCAGCGAGGAAGAGGAGGAAGAAAAAGGCUCUCGGUCCUGCUCCCCUGAGCCGCGUGUUCCUGGGGAUGCCCGUCCCAAGCCAGACUUUGUGCAGCUGAUUGAUGAGCAUGGCAUCUACUCCACAGCCAAGCUGGUUUUGGGUGGCACGGCAGGUGAGCUGGAGGAGGCGGUGGUGUUGCCCUCUCAUCUGAAGCGGGGCGCAAGCAUGGCCGGGAGUGGGGCAGAGUUUGAGAUCCGCGAGGUGAUUGUGGACGAGAAGCCAUUCCAGUGUGGUGUGUGCGAAAAGGCCUUCAAGCGGGCAUGGGAGCUCUUCAGCCACGAGGUGGUGCACAACGAGGAGCGCCCUUUCCGCUGCGACCUCUGCGAGGCCUCCUUCAAGCGCCACUCGGACUUCAAGAGCCACCGCCUGGUGCACACGGAGGAACGGCCCUUCCGCUGCGAGCUAUGCGGCAAGCGCUUCAAGCGCUCGUCCAACCUCCAGGAGCAUCGCCGCAUCCACACCGGCGAACGCCCCUUCCACUGUGCCUGCUGUGACAAGAGCUUCAAAACACCCUACGAGCUGCAGCGCCACACGCUCACACACUGCACCGAGAAGCCCUUCAAGUGCGCGGACUGCGGGAAGGACUUCCCCACGUCCAACGCGCUGCUCCUGCACCAGCGGCAGCACUGCGAUGACAAGCCCCAUGUCUGUGGCGUCUGCGGCAAGAAGUUCACCUAUGGGCACAGCCUCAAGGUGCAUGAGCGUGUGCACACCGGCGACCGCCCCUUCGUCUGUCCGCUCUGCGGCAAAGGUUUCAAGCAGUCCAAUGCCCUCUCCUCACACGAACGCGUGCACACGGGUGAGCGCCCCUUUGUCUGCAAAACCUGUGGGAAGGCCUUCAAGCAGUCGUCCUACCUGGUGAUCCACGAGCGGGCGCACACUGGGGAGCGCCCCUAUAAGUGCGAGGCAUGUGGGAAGGCCUUCGCCCGACCCUCAUUGUUGCUGCAGCACCACCGGGUGCACAGCCAGGAGCGGCCCUACAAAUGCAGCUUCUGCCACAAGUUCUUCAAGGACCUGGCCUACCUAGCUGUGCACGAGAAGGUGCACACGGGUGAGACCCCCUACAAGUGCAGUGUGUGCGACAAAGGCUUUGCCCAUCCUUCCAACCUGCUGCAGCACCAGCGUGUGCACCGUGACGGCUGAACCCUGGAGCUGUGUGCGCAACUCAGGUGUUUCAAGGCAAAGGAGCCCACAGCCAUAAGCGAGCGUGCCACAAGCAUGUGCGCUGCAACAGAUAAGCCCCAGGCAUGCACGUUGCAGCACGUGUUCCCAUAUGUGUGCAAGCCAUGUGCAGGGGACCAGCACAGCUUCCCUAGAGAAGGCUUGUCCAGAGCCCAAAAAGCAUAUGGUGCUGCAGCUCUUCUCUUGAGCCACAGCCUGGCAGGGCCUCUGCUGCAUGGCUUCUCUCUGCCAAACCUUGACCCGUGCUGCUUUCUCCUCCUCCUCCCUCACAAAGGGGUGAUCCCACAAGGCUCUUAACUGAGCCUUUUGGUUGGGGUUGGUGCAAACUCCUCCUCCCAGCCUGGGCUAGAUGCAGGGAGGCGGUAAGCUGUGAGGGGUAUUGCUGGCUGCAGGCCAGUCACUGAAAGCAAGGUGUAGCUCCUUGCCCUCCUGGCACACUGCUGCUGUGAGGGGCAGGCAAGGGUCUAGCUGUGAGGGCAGAGCAGCCUGCAGAGGCAAGCUGAGCUGGCUGAGACUGUGGCGUGGUUGGGAGGUAAGGUCAGAAGCUCUGAAGAACAGAGCGGCAUUAGUUGGACCAUGGCAAGUCAUGUGUCUUUCCCUCUGAUGCCAGGGGAGUGCUGUUCAAUCCCACACUGUCUCUGGCCCUGGCAUGUGAGUGUAGCAGGAGGUCAAAGACUACAGUCAUCCCAGUGAGUGUUGGUCUGCCUGGGCCCCAGAUAGACUCCAUCAGCAUCUCUGUCUUGUGCUCUGGGGCAGCACUGCUGCCUCCGUGAGCACAGGGUACAGGCUGGGAGCUCCUGGGGAGCAGCCUGCCUCUCAGAGUGAGGGGCCUGCUGUCAGCUGUGGUUGAGCCCUGGCAACAGGAGGGAAUAGACCUGUCCAUGAUUUGGGGUGAAGUGCUUGCAUUGUGGGCAGAAAAUAAGAUGCCAGAGAGCAGCACCUCCAUUUUCCUCUAGUGUUUGGGCUGAGGGGUAAGCAUCCCGUCCAUAUCUCACGCUGCUACUUCUGAACAAGUUAAUUACAGUAAUGUGUUUGACCCUGCUGUGCAGGGGCUAUGAAGGCUUUUUGCCCAUUAGGCAGCCUGGUCCCCUAGGACAGAGAGCAAAGGCGUGGUUAUGUUGGCUGCAGGUUGUAUGUUUUGAUUAAAACUUGGCCUAGAGGCAUGAGAGAAGGGUCAGAUGUGGAAGUAUAGCCUUGAGAGAGGUGCUGAGUCUUACCAGAGCAGUACAAGGCCUGAACAGGAUCCACGCACCUGAUCUCGUGGUGUCCUCUGCUCCAGUGCAGCUCACUGCCAGCUCAGCUCUCCCAGCCCCUGCCUGGAGGAAAGGGCCUGUCACCUUGACAGUUGCUGCCAGUCCUGACGCUGCUGCUGUGCUGUGCCAAACCAUGCUGUGUGCAGGCCCUGGCACAGCCCAAAUGGAAGCUGUGGCUUUCUCUGUGUGGAUCCCGGCCUGCAAUGUGUCAGCUAGGCUGCGAGUCCUGCGUACUGUGUUGGUUUGAAACACUAACCCUCUUUUCUGCCCCAGGGUGCUGCUCAGGCUGGUAGGGAGCAGAAGAGGGGGGAUGCACUGCUAUGGUCUGCUUUGAGAGCCUCGGCAAGAGAAGCUCAGUGUUGUAAGGUGUUCUAUAACUGCUCAUGGGACAUUCCUGCCUAGACCUGGGCAAGAACCUGGCCAGAGUAUAAGUGAGCAGACACAAUCAGCUCCGGACUUUUCUCCUUUUUGUGCGGUGUGUGCCCAGCUCUCGCCUCCCGGAGGGCUGGAGUAUCCAAUGGCAACACCAGGCCUAGCCACCCGCACUGCUGCUGCUGAAGUCUGGAUUUGUUCUCCUUGACUGAUAGCUGCUCCUGCUGCCUCCCCCUGCUGCUGUUAGGUGGAGGAUGACACGUGGACCUUUCCCAGCGAAGGCAAGACCUGGGCCUACGCUGGGGCCCUGCUGGGCAGCGACAGAACCCCGUCCUCACGCACAUGAGCGCCCUGUGCCUGAGCCACCCUGGAGGGGCCUGGUGUCACACUAACCUUCCUGCACACCAGAGCUGUGGGACUGGAGGUGCCCGCCCUUGGACUCGUGGUCACCCUGGUCCUACUCCGUCCCCCUCUUUUACGGUUCCGAUAGCACUGGGGAAGGAAGGGGAUGCAAGGUUGUGCUCCUCAGUGCUCUGCACACUAAUUACAGGACAGUUAUUUAA